CAGGACUUCAGUAUGGAUAGAGACCUCAGAGACUACAGUAACAGGACACUUGCCACAGAGAACAACUCAGCCCCUUCCAAGGGUUCCCGUUUUCCUACCUGGGAAGACUAUAAAAACAGCGUAGAUGACAUACAGUACUUCCUGAUUGGGCUUUACACUCUCAUCAGCCUCGCUGGCUUCAUAGGAAACCUGCUGAUCCUCAUGGCUCUAUUGAAGUGCAAGCAAAAAACAAUAAUAAACUUCCUCAUUGGCAACUUAGCCUUUUCUGACAUACUAGUGGUGGUCUUUUGCUCUCCCUUCACCUUGACCUCAGUUCUACUUGAUCAGUGGAUGUUUGACGAAGUCAUGUGCCAUGUGAUGCCUUUCCUCCAAUGCGUGUCUGUCCUGCUGUCCACCUGGAUGCUGAUUUCCAUCGCUGUGGUCAGGUACCGUUUGAUCCGCCACCCUCUUUCUAGUCACCUGACGCUGAGACACGGCUGCUACCUCAUUUUCGCCAUCUGGGCUCUUGGUUUAGCCACUUGCUCCCCUCUGCUUGUUUUCCACAAGCUCGAAGAUCUCCACCUGGAAGCGCUGAAAAGCAAGAGCUUGUGUGUGGAGUCUUGGCCAUCUACUUGCUACAGGGUUGCAUUCACCAUUUCCUUGUCGCUCAUACAGUACAUUUUGCCUUUGGUUUGCCUCACCGUCAGUCACACCAGAGUCUGCAGGUCCGUAAGUUCCAGAUUGUCAGGCAAAGAAAACAAACUGGAAGAGAAUGAGAUGUUAAACCUAACGCUCCAUGCACCCAAGAGCCGGGGGCCUCAGGGACACUCUAGCUCCGAGAGGUGGAGUUAUACUUUGGUUAGGAAACAUCGGAGGAGGUACAGCAAAAAGACAGCUAGCGUGGUGCCAGCAAUAUUAAGGCACCAUCGGGGCAAUACUUCUGGGGAUCUCCCUGAAACAUCAGGGACGGAAAGAAGUCAGCUUUCAUCCAGCAAAUUCAUCCCAGGGAUUCCCAUCUGCUUUGAGGUGAAAGCAGAGAGUUCUGAAACACAGAAUGGGAUUACAAUAGCCCGGUCCGCCACUCGGAUUAGGAAAAGGUCUCGGAAGGUUUUCUGCCGACUGACGGUGCUGAUCUUAGUUUUUGCAGUCAGUUGGAUGCCUCUUCACGUUUUCCACAUUGUAACAGAUUUUAAUGGCAAUCUCAUCUCAAACAAGCAUUUUAAAUUGGUGUACUGUAUUUGUCAUUUGCUGGGCAUGAUGUCCUGCUGUUUAAAUCCCAUUCUAUAUGGAUUUCUUAAUAACAGCAUGAAAGCUGAUUUGAUGGCCCUUAUUCCAUGCUUACAAUUAUCAUAAAAAACUGCUGUAAAUGGAACGAUAAAAUGCAAAUUAUUAUGCUCGCAGGUUCAAACUGUGAAACAUAUAAUCUGACUGAGAGAAUGUGUUACGGAAAGUAUCUGCUGGCCAUUUAAUGUGACAAAGGCUAACUCGGUGGUUGGAUGAUUUGAUAGCACUUCUCAGUUUGUAG